AUGGCACAGAGUGAUAAACCCCAGCACCACCAUCUGGAGCUGGUCUACCAGAGGGCUUCAGGAUUUGGGGUCUCCGUCAAGCCAAGGACCCUCCGGACCCUUUGUGAAUUAGAGUGGACCACUUUUGACGUGGGAUGGCCCUCAGAGGGCUCUUUUGAUUUGGUCUUGGUUAGGAACGUUGAGGCUGUGAUCCUUGGGAAUCCUGGACACCCAGAUCAGAUUCCAUAUGUAGAGACGUGGCUAGACAUCGCCAAGACGAGACCUAGUUACAUUAAACGGUGUCAACGGAAACUUCCAGGAUCCAUGUGUCCUUCUCUCCUUACGACGGGGCCGGAGGACCCUCUGGACACAUGGACUCAGCCACCUCCCUAUGCCCCAAAUUCCCAGGCCUCCGGGAGCCUGCCCCACACUUCCCACAGUCCGUCCCGAACCUGGAGUGGACUUCCGUACGGUCUCCGUCCACCUGUUCCUCCGAAGUCCACUCUGCCCUUGCCGUCCUCUGGUCCCGGGGGCAAGGGCGACAAACGGGUGUUGCUGGUCUCCCCCGAUCCCGGCCCUGAGCCCUCCACUCUGUUGCCCCUCCGGGAGCUUGCCCCUGCGCAGGGGACAGGCCGUCCGUUUAUGGUUUAUGUCCCUUUCUCCACAAGUGACCUGUAUAACUGGAAACUACAAAAUCCUCCUUUCUCUGAAAAACCACAAGUCUUGAUUUCGUUACUAGAAACGGUUUUUCACACCCAUCGCCCUACUUGGGAUGACUGCCAGCAACUCUUGCAAGUUCUUUUUACUUCCAAGGAGCGCGAUCGGAUUCACCUCGAGGCUCGGAAGCAGGUUCUUGGCACAGGUGGCCAACCCACCACUGACCCAGUUAUUCUGGAAACGAGUCUCCCAGCCCAACAACCCAACUGGGAUCCAAAUACAGUUGCUGGUGAAGGAGCUCUAACCAGGUACCACCAACUUCUUCUACAGGGCCUCCGUGGCACAGCCUGGAAGCCCACCAAUUUGUCUAAAGUAAGUGAGAUAGUUCAAGGCCCCUGGGAAUCCCCCGCCGCUUUCUUGGAAUGCCUACUUGAGGCAUAUAGGCAAUACACACCUAUAGACCCUCGGGCGCCUGAGAACGCGAGGGCAAUUAACAUAGCCUUUGUUACACAGUCGGCCCCAGACAUUAGGAAAAAGAUUCAAAAGUUAGAUGGGUUUGAAGGGAAGAAUCUCAGUGAACUAGUCGAGAUAGCUCAGAAGGUUUUUAAUAAUCGUGAGGACCCAGAAGUUGCAGGCACAAAGAAAUUAACCAAAGUCGUCUUAGCGACCAUGCAGGAAACUAGCGAUAGAAGUCGAGGGACUCCACGGAGGAAUGGGGGUCACUCCCGCCUAGAAAAAGAUCAAUGCGCCUACUGUAAGGAGAUGGGCCACUGGAAAAGCGAGUGUCCCCGUAAGAAGAAAGUGAACCCAAAAGGAAAGAGUCUCCUCACUCUUGAGGAAGACUGAAGGGGCCAGGGCUCUGUCAAUUUGGGCCCCCGAGAGCCCUUGGUAACCUUAACUGUGGGGGGCCGCCCGACCACCUUCCUGGUAGAUAUUGGGGCAGCCCACUCGGUUCUCCGGGAAGGGGUCGGCCAUCUUACUGAAGAAAAGACUCAGAUCAUAGGGGCAACGGGGCGACCCAGGGCGUACCCUUGGAUUUCAGCUCAUGUGACUGAUCUGGGAAAAGGGACUAUAACUCAUUCCUUCUUGGUAAUCCCCGAAUGUCCCUUCCCCCUCCUGGGACGAGACCUCUUAAGAAAAUUGCGAGCCUCGGUGUCAUUCCAAGAGGACAGCACUCACCUCAGCCUGGGCUCUCCGCAGCCUGCUGCCCUUCUGCUUACUGUACCCUUGCAAGACGAGUAUCUCUUCUUCGAAAGUCAGGUCCCAGAAAGCCCUUCUGAGGCCUUAAAAGAACUCCAAAAAGAGAUUCCAGGAGUAUGGGCCGAAAACAACCCCCCUGGUCUGGCGUCUCAUCAGCCACCCGUCGUGGUACAGGUCAACAGUUCGGCCACCCCGUUUCAGAAACCCCAAUACCCCAUUCCAGCCAGGGUGAAGUUAGGAAUACGUAAACAUAUACAGAGACUGUUGGAAGCAGGAAUUUUAGUACCCUGCAGGUUGCCAUGGAACACCCCGCUGUUACCAGUCAAGAAGCCCGGCACCGAGGACUACCGGCCAGUUCAGGACUUACGUGAGGUAAACGCCCGGGUAGAGACUGUCCACCCUACCAUGCCUAACCCCUACACCCUACUCAGCCAGCUGCCACCAGACCGGGAAUGGUACUCGGUCUUGGACUUAAAAGACGCUUUCUUCUGUAUACCUCUGGCCCCGGUGAGCCAGCCUCUGUUCGCCUUUGAGUGGACGGAUCCGGACCAGGGCUUCUCGGGUCAACUUACGUGGAUCCGGCUGCCGCAGGGGUUCAAGAACUCCCCUACUCUCUUUGAUGAAGCUCUGAGUAGGGACCUUUUUCCCUUCCGGGAGACCCAUCCCGAGGUUACCCUUUUGCAAUAUGUGGAUGACCUGCUCUUUAACGCUGGCCCUAGCCGGCCCUCCACCGCCCCGGGCGUUCGCCAUCACGGAUCCCAGCCGGGAGAGCACUGGGAAAUAGACUUCACUGAGGUAAAACCUACCCGAGGUAGGUAUCGCUAUUUAUUGGUCUUCAUCGACACCCACUCCGGGUGGGUCGAAGCGUUCCCUACGAAGGGUGAGACAGCCUUGAUCGUUACCCGGACUCUCCUGCAUCAAAUUGUACCCCGAUUUGGCGUACCUCUAGCUCUGGGUUCCGAUAAUGGCCCGGCGUUCAUUGCCCAAACUUCCAAAUUGGUAGCCAAGGCUCUAGGAAUUGAUUGGAAACUGCAUUGUGUCUAUAGGCCACAAAGCUCAGGGCAGGUAGAAAGGAUGAACAGGACUUUAAAGGAAACCUUAACAAAAUACACUCUUGAAGUUGGCAGUCACUGGACGGACCUCCUUCCGUUUGCCCUCCUACGCACGCGAUGCUCCCCUUAUAGGAAGGGGUUCACCCCCUUUGAAAUUGUAUUUGGGCGACCGCCUCCUCUGCUUCCCCGCCUGGCAGAGGAGACGGUGCAGGCCGGCCAGGCGGGGACCAGCAGACGUAACCCCCUGAGCCUCAAGAUCAAACGAGGUGGAGAAGAUUCUUGGGUAAAAGGUAAAACCUGGGGACUGCGCUUGUAUCUGUAUGGUCCUGAUCCGGGCAUACUUUUCACGGUUCGGAAACGGGUUAUCUCACGACCCUGGGGCCCGGUGGGACCCAACCAUGCUCUCCCUCACCCUCAGGUGGUGACCCCCACCCCCGCUCACCACAUCCCUUCCCCUCAUACAGAGCGUGCUCUGGCCCGGGCUGCUAGCAUACCGUCAUCCAGCCACUCAUUUACAUUAGUGUCUGCAGUUUUUCAAAUCCUCAACGGGACCAACCCAAACAUUACCGAAACAUGUUGGUUAUGCUUGAGUCCUCAGCCCCCUUUUUACACUGGGGUAGGAGUGAAUGCCUCCUUUUCCGUCUUUGCUAAUAUCUCCUACUCGGAGAAUUAUGGGAGCGCCUGCCCGUGGGGGCUCUACCCCUCUAUAACAUUAGAAGAGUUCUCAGGUCAAGGGACCUGUGUUACGGGUCCCGGUGGGCCCCGCGAUGAUCCAUGA